AUGAGUGAAACAAUGCUGAGUUCGGACGAUGAGUCGAACGAGGCCAACCUCAUUCGGGACAAGCUCAAUCGUCUCUUGGAACAACAACAUUCGUCGUCGCCUAAUAGUGAUCAUUGCAGCAGCACUAGUGGUAGCGGUGAUUCGAUUCGUUCAGGUGAGAGCAGCGACAGCGGCUCUUCAUUUAACAAUGAAGUAAAUCUCGACACCGCAUUGCUGGUAUCCUCCUCGGAUUCCAAAUCACUCGACCACUCAAAUUCGGGCGCCACGUAUGCCCAGCCUCCAUUGUGUGACAACAAUCCUCUUUUUGAAUGUGACUCGACGGGUGACGACGGUACCUUUGAGUCGUCAACUCUUCUGUACCGUUCGGCGAGCUCUCCCGCGUCUCGCCAUCACGAGUUGGGUGGUGAUCGACUCAAUUCCGAAACCUUUUCCAACAGUAAGGUUGCUUCUACCUAUAAAGUCAGUGAUGCGUUAAGUCCUUUGAGCGACACCAAUUUUGCCGCGCUAGAGAAGCAAGAGGACUGUACUACAGUGAGGCACAAGAUAACAUCGUUCGACCACAGUUCGCUACCUUCCAGAAAGUCGGUUUCCACCAGCAAUGCGGGUCAGAAUCAAGCUUUCCCCCGCAGUCCCCCCUGUGAGAUGAGUAACACGACAUACGGAAAUACCGACGUACCGAACGAAGCGUCCGAGCUGAGCCAAAACAGUUUCCUCCCUUUGUCUUGUCCGAUUGCUUCAACCCACUCGUCCAACACCGAGAAACUCCCAUGGCAAGACCCUGUCCCAGCGUCAACCGAGACUACCUAUUCACCUGCAAAGAUCUCUUCCAUCGAAAAAAUGACCGACGGCAGUGAUGAAAUGGAAGUCAUUCUUCGUGAGGCGGAGCGAAUCACCGACGGGAAUGAUUCGAUUGCAGUGCACUCUAGGUCGUCAGCUCCAGCCGACGUACACAAUGAUUCUUCCGCCGUGUCCUGCUCGUCUUUUUCUUCGCCGAUGCCUCGAAGUUCGAUUUCGACGCCAUCAAGUUCAAUCACUUACCGUCAAGCUGUCCAAUCAAGCUUUCCUUCACAGGUGAUGGCAUCGAACCUACGAAAACCAAGCCAAGACUGCCAUGCAAAGAGUUCAAUCCCGACGACUUCAGAUCAUGGCUCGCGCCCACUCGAGUCGCCGUGGAAACUUAAGCCGAGUACUUUGAAUUCAGCUUCCAUGCUUGACGUUGAAUCUGGUCAGCUUCCUUUGGGAACGACCAGCAUGGAUCCACAUAAGAGCCGGAAAAUUUUCGACUAUGCUCAUAGGCCUCUCGACAAAACUCAGUUAGCCGAGCGGCCAACCGAAGUAGAGCCUUUCUUGUACGCUCCUCCAACUAAUCAUGAGAUUCACGAACCUAUGGUCCAUUCCUUUUCGGCUAUAAAUCGCCCUAUCCAACAUCGGAACAAAAUUCCAGUGCAAAACAUUUUUCAAGGGUCUGUUGUGCAAUUUUGGAAGUCGAAAUUCGAUACGUUCAACUAUUUACAGUCUGAAAUUGCAAAUCCGCUUGCUUACAGUGAUGACAACAUGGUUGUCUCAGCUCCGACUGGUGCUGGAAAGACGGUCGUCUUCGAAAUGGCUAUGGCACGAUUCUUCAGCACGGAUUUGGUCGCUCAGAAUCAUCUAUACCACGGUAGACAAAUCAGCAAGCACCGCAAAAUUGUAUAUGUCUCGCCUAGCAAAGCUCUCUGCGAAGAGAGGUAUGAAGAUUGGGGGCGUCGUCUGUCCGGCAUGAAUUUAGGUGUGGAAGUGAGCCUAAUCACGGGUGACGGAGACCCGAGCGAGUCCUUCCGUGAUCUGGCGUCGUCCCACCUGAUUCUAACCACGCCGGAAAAAUGGGAUAGCCUGACGAGACGUUGGACCGAAAAGUUUUAUCUCUUUGCCACAGUCAAGUUAUUUCUUGUAGAUGAGGUUCAUUUGAUUGCAGACGAAAACCGGGGAUGCACUUUGGAAUCUAUCAUCUGUCGCAUGAAGUCAAUACAACGAGCCGCUCGAAACAAAGAUACAACUUCGUCCGACGUGAGCACGUCGAGGUCUUGUAUGAGAGUAGUGGCCGUUUCCGCAACGCUGCCGAAUAUUGCUGAAAUUGCAACUUUUCUGGGAGCAAACGAAGCAUAUGUGUUCGACCAAACCUAUAGACCUGUUCCCUUGGCAGUACAUGCUAUUGGUGUCGGGUUUGUGGGAGAUAGUAGCCAAUCCCAGUAUCGAUUUUGGAGUGGAAUGGACCGCGAAGUCCCGCAGAUUAUCCAUCGCUUCUCCAAAAGCAGACCCACUAUUGUCUUCUGCCACACUAAAGCAGACACUGAAAAGCUCGCCGACUUACUCGCCACUGCUCAUGGUAUUGCUGUACGAGGUAACUCGAACGCUGGUGUUGCUGGUCAAACUAAACUUCUAAAGUUGCAGCGAGUGCUUUUCGCUGGUAUCGCUUACCAUCACGCGGGCUUGGAAGCCGGUGACCGUCGAAUUGUAGAGCGUGCCUUCAGUGACGGAAAUAUCCGAGUGCUUUGUGCCACUAGCACUUUGGCAAUGGGUGUCAACCUCCCGGCUCACUUAGUGGUGAUAAAAGGAACAAAAGCUUGGCGGGGCGGCGGCAAUGGAUACCAAGAUUUGGACCAGGCAACCAUUCUGCAAAUGAUUGGACGAGCCGGUCGUCCAGGCUUCGAUACUAGCGGAACGGCGGUGAUAAUGACGGACAACAAGUCAAAGGUGUAUUUCGUCAAUCUUGCUACCAGUGGCCUCAGGCCGGCAAAGAGUCGUUUGAUGACCAAACUUGACGACAUCAUAAACGCAGAAAUUUCUCAAAGAGUGGUCGAGAGUAGGGAAGCAGCUUUCAACUGGAUCAAAAGCACCCUGCUUUUCAUUCAGCUACGUGGCAAUCCCGAUGCAUUUAACCUCGAAGCCGGAUCGAAUACCAGCGUUGAGGCUUACUUUCGAAAAGUAUGCGAAGAAUCGAUCAAUCGACUACAUUCAAUCGGUACUUUGCUCAAAGAUGACAAGUCCUGCCUCCUUCCUUCCGCCGCGAGCCAUAUUAUGAGUCAGCAUUUGGUCACCUAUUCGGCGAUGGAAAUUAUCGUCAACCUGCCGUUUGACGCCAGUCAGCACCAAAUGUUGAAGGCCAUUUGUAACAUGGAAGGUUUGCGUCGUCCAGUCCGUCGGUCGGAAAAGAAACUUCUCAACGAAAUGCACAAAAUGGUCAAGUACAAACUUGAAGGACCAGCUAGUAAGGCGAGGGUCAAGGAGUCAGAGCAAAAAGCUUUUGUUCUCCUGCAGGCAAGUAUUGGUCGUAUACAUAUCAAUGAAUUCAGCCUUCGCCAGGAAAUGUGCGGCAUGGUGGAUUUUGCGUCGCGGAUGCUUUCGGCAACUGAAGAGUUCAGUGCUAGCGGAAGCCAGAAUGGGGGUGUUCUUGUGCAGUCUUUCAAGCUCAGACGAGCGCUCGCGACAAGCCUCUGGUGUGGCAGAGAUGGGAUUCUGGGCCAGUUCAAAAGUCUCGGAACGGAAACUCUGGUCGGCCUUCGUUUCAACGGAAUUAAUACCUUUGAAGAUGUCGUAGCUUCUAAUGAACACAUGAUCGAAAAAGCGGCGAAAAGAUUGCCUCCCUUUGGAUCAAAUUUGAAAGCAGCGGUCGCAAAGGUAGUGAAAAGUAGACUUCGACUAUUCUGUCAGCUGGACUCGGUAUCUGGGUCCGCAACACCUUCCCAUCUCAUAUGUAAGGUAAAUCGGCAACCAGCAGUAGAUUCGGAAAGACUGGAAAGACAUGAUGUCGAUACGAAAAGUUCAGCCUCACAGUCGGUUCUAACUUACGCACUGAUUGUACACACCGAUCGACCCGGGGGAUGUCUGCUGUUUGAAAGGAAUAUAAGUGCCCCGGCCAUAUUUGUAGUUGAAUGCCCCCCAGGGUUUUCUGUGGCAAGCAUUCAUCUUUUGGCGUCAAUGGUCGGUCUUGAUGUGAUGAACAGCAAGAAUGUGUCAAGCUGUACAUCACCGCUCGAUCCAACAGCGGCAUCGGUUUCGUCUGCCCUGCUGACCGCUAAGAACGAGCAUGCCUCCCUGUCCCCAACAAGAGAAAUUGGAGAACAGGAUUUCAUGCAUCCAGCAAGGCUUCCUGUAGAGUGUCCUCGCGACCAAAAUGAAAAUAUUUGCUUUCCAACGUUAGCACAACGUAGCAUCUCUCCAGAGACGAGGCCUUACCGUCUUCCUGGUUAUGGUCCAACAACUGCUGUCGGAAGGGAUCCCCAUCGGGUGUGGCAGCAAGCAAAGCGAACACAAAUACGAUCGCAGCAGCGUGUCUUCGCACGCAAAAAGGACAACCCAUUUUCUUGCUAUCAGCACGAUCCGAACAACGCUGAGUCUCACCUUGACGGCCUUGCAGGACGAAACUUCACCAAACAACCGAAAGUUAGUGGCAUUAUUCCGAGCGAAGCACUGCGCAAUUUAGACGAAAUCUGCAACGAUGCGCUGUCGAAUUCAAAAUUCACACACGACCCGUCCUUGCAGAGGAAUAGUCGUGCCGGUGCGUCGAAACGGCCACGAGGUAAUAGUGCGAACGAUAGCCACAGUGUGCUGGCAAUGAAAGCUGCCGAGCUCAACUCAGUACAAUAUCGUGGAUCCCGAUUUGAACCAAUGUCGUUCAACAGUGCCUAUCAGGAUCACCGAGUACAGUUUGGUUCUCAAUUUCACAACCAAAUGCGCCCGAGUCAGACGCCAUUCCUACUUGAUCAAUCUCAACAGGGUGGGCUAGGAGUAAUGUUGUCAAAUCGCGUUCCGGCUUGCAUCGAUGGCAACGCGUUUAGCUACCACCAGAGGCGUCCUUUUUCUCACAACGCCAGCUUUCUGGACCAACGCAGCACCCCCGAGGGAACUAACGCUUCAUUUUGGAGACAGAACGGGUUAGCAGAAAAUCUCAGUGGGCAGGUGUAUCGAGCAGGCGAAUAUACUGGUCUGAGUACGGGACAAGAGGAAAAGAACAUGGCUUUCGCUCCCCCUAUUGCCAUGUCGGCGUCUAGCUGGAACGCGAUCAAGUGCAUCCACCCCCAGGAUGAUCUUGUAGGCGACGACAGCAAACUCGCGGACGGAAAAUGUGAGAACUUCGAUGCCGCUUUCUUUUAG